AUGGACAUAGGAUGUCCGACGCUUAGAAUAGGUGAAUCCGUUUCGGGAAGUAUGAGGUCCUACCAUAGAAAUUGUAUUUACCCGCAACUUAAAGAACAACCGCUUGAAGAUAUUGAUGUGAGCAAUGGACUCGUGUGGAAGCUUACUGAUAAGACCAAACUCUAUAUCAUCGAUGGUAUGAAUAAUAGAAUCAUAUCAUACAAUUAUAACGUGAGACAAAGAAGGAUUGUUGCGAAGACUGAUGUCGUCUUUGACUUGUCAGAAUGGGUUGAAGGCCUGGAACAUCCUCUCUAUAAUGACCAUGCCAUGCUAGGUCGCAUGGCAAUUGAUAACAGAGGUCGGCUCUAUGUGCCUCUUAAGGGAGGUUCACAUGUACUUCAAAUUCAACCACGUUCUAAUUAUAAAGUGCAGCGCAUUAUUCGCAUACCUGCAGUAAAAGUCAGCACUUGCGCUAUUGGAGACAUGAACAUGAAUAUUUUAUACGUAUCAACACUGGCGUGUGGUCCUCGUGACGCAUGUCCACCCAACGAUCAGGGUGGUAGGAUUUUCGCCGCCUUUAUCGUUAGCGACUCGUUUUCACUCGACGCAAUGCCAUUCGUGAUGCCUGUGGGAACUCUGUGA